UUAGAUUCCUGCGAGGAUCAAAAGGGAUCAAAAUCAGGAGUCUGCAUUUCUGGUCCCAGCUAUGCCACUAAGGCCUUUGGGAUUGUUGGAAAAAUGAUUUGUUCUCCAUGGGCCUCAAUUUCUUAAUCUAUUUUGGGAGGAUUUUGCAGCUCUCAGGUCCUCUGUGGGAUAUUUCCAGGUUUAUUUUGUUAUAUUUGCCGUCCUCACCGCUCAUCUUUGUAAUCAUCCCUGCCCUGGUUUCCCCUUCUUUGACUUGUCAGCAGCAACUCAUCAUCAUUUCUCUCAAGUCCCAGAGGUUGUGAGGCAUCCUUUUCCUCUUCUCGUCUCAUGCUUUCGACGUGGUUUUGUUGGCGGACAUCCAUGUGCGUCAAUGUUUAAGGCUUGUUGGGUUUCUCAUGCUUUCUAAUAUCUGAAACCCACUAGAAAUGAUAUUUGUGACCUUGUCCACUACAGCCACUUCAAAUCUUUUUGGCCCCUUUUGAUGGACAGGUUGCCUGAGACACCAUCUUCAUCUUUUCAUCAAGGAUCACUCAUCUCUGAUAUGGUCAGGGUCUUGUAGUUAUUGGUGUAAAUGCUGAUUGGCUAGGCUGGUGCUGCCCGGAAGAGUAGUGAUCGUUAAACCCCCAAUCCCUGAGCGAUUCAAGGGGAAACACCAGCAAGUACAUAAAGUGUGAUUCUGACUGCCAUCUGACUGCCUCCUUGUCCUCCAGGGCUCGCUGCUGUCGAUGAGAUCAAUGCUGUGAUUCGGGAAGGUCAUCCCAGUAACACCGUGAUGGCACUCAUGAAACCUGAGGCCCAGCUCCCGACCGUCCAUCCCUUUGCUGCUGUUCUGUAUCAGGAAGAACUGUUCAACCUUCAGAAACAGAGCUCUUUGAACUAUCUGGCCCCCGAGGAACUGGCCAUGACAGUAGAAAUGGUGUCAGGUGUUGCUUUGCUUAACCAGGCGUUGGAAACUGAGGAUCUGGUAUCCAUACAGAAUCAUCUGCAAAAUCCUUCAAUACGCUUCCAUAACCUGGAUGAAGGACACUUGGAAUGGUAUGCUAACAGGCUCAUGUCCAUCAAAAUAGAAGCUUUAUCAGAAGGACAAGAUAACCUGAGCAGGAAUGAAAUCCAAAAUCUCAUUGAUAUCAUUUAUGUGGAAAUUCAAGAAGAAAAAGCAAGGCUCAUUGCUGUUGAUGAGAUCAAUGCUGUGAUUCGGGAAGGUGAUCCCAGUAACACUGUGAUGGCACUCAUGAAACCUGAGGCCCAGCUCCCUACCAUUCAUCCCUUUGCUGCUGUUCUGUAUCAGGAUGAACUGUUCAACCUUCAGAAACAGAGCUCUUUGAACUACCUGGCCCCCAAGGAGCUGACCAUGGCAGUAGAAAUGGUGUUAGGUGUUGCUUUGCUUAACCAGGCAUUGGAAACCGAGGAUCUUGUGUCCAUACAGAAUCACCUCCAAAAUCCUUCAAUAGGCUUCCAUAAUCUGGAUAAAGAACACUUGGAACGGUACGCUAGCAGGCUCAUGUCCAUCAAAAGAGAAGCCUCAUCUCAAGGACAGGAUAACCUGAGGCGGGAUGAAAUGCAGAAUCAAAUCGAUAGGGUCAAUGAGGAAAUUCAAGAAGAAAAAGCAAGUAAGUGCAGUCAGUUUGGUUUUGCAGAAUGGCUGAAAAUAUCAACAUCUGGAUAAUUGAAAUUUUUACCCAAUUCCUUACUCAAUUUUUAAUUUUACCCUUUUUUUCAGGGAAAUUGUUCUAAUAUUAAUUGCAUGAUUUUUGUCUUAGAAAAUGGAAGAAAAAUGAUACUAGUAUUGUUUUCACACCAGAAGAGUGGUAAGGUCUAGUCAAGUAGAGACAAGGUCACUUGAUUAGGAAAAUAUGUGAGGCCAGAUCUGAAUCCAGACAGUGUUUCCUCUGAAUGUGGAUAGUGUUUUUUCUCAUUGAUCUUUCCAAGUUCUUCAGGAUCACUGCAUUGCCACAUACACCACAGUGUAUCAUUCUCUGUGUAUAAUGAUUUCCUGGUUCUGCUCCUUUCACUCUGCAUCACUUCCUAGAGGUUGUUCCAGUCUCCAUGGAAUUCUUCAACUUUAUUAUUCUUUUUAGCACAAUAGUAUUCCAUUGCCAACAUAUACCCCAAUUUGUUCAGCCAUUUCCCAGUUGAAGGGCAUCCCCUCAUUUUCCAAUUCCCUUUAGAGGAUUUCUAAAGGUACCUUUUACAAUGCAAUGAAUAUAAUUUAACACUAUCUGGACUGUAGUGCCCUGAUCAUCAUUUUGAUAACUGAUGGUGAUAGAAAUGUAAAGGAUGCGGGAUAUUGGACUAAAGUCUUCCUCGGCCGAGGAAACAUUCUGGAAUAAUGAGGAAAUAUCUGAUGUGUGGCUCAGUGCCUAAAGUGCUGACUGCAUAGUGAGGAAGGCUUGAGUUCAAGUCAUGUCUCAGCUACUGCCUUUUUGUAUGACUCUGUGCCAAUGAUUGAGCCUCUGGCCGAGGUUCCUCCACUCCAUUAUGGGGGGAAAAAUAGUACCUCCCUCUCAGGGUUGUGGUAAGGAUCAAAGGAGAUGAUAUUUAUGCAGUACUGAGCAGCACAGUGCCUGUAACCCAGAAGGUGCAGAACUCAUCCUUGUUCCCUUUCUGUGAGUAAGUUGCUGAUCCCUUUUUAGAUUCCUGCAAGGAUCAAAAUGGAUAAAAAUCAGGAGUCUGGAUUUCACUUCCCAGCUACAUCACUAGGCCCACUAAGGCCUUUGGGACUAUUGGGAAAAUAAUUUGUUCUCCAUGGGCCUCAAUUUCUUAAUUAAUAUUCUGAGGGUUUUGCAGGAGAUAAACUCUCCUCUCCUCUAUAGAACAUUUCAAGGUUUAUUUUCUUAUAUUUGACACCAUCUCCUUUCAUCCUAGUCCCUGCUAGGGGCCCCCUCUUUCACUUGUCAUCUUAAUUUCUCUGAAGUAACACGUGUUGUUUGGCAUCCUUUUCCUCUUCUUGUCUCAUGCUUUUAUUUUUUUUAAACCAUUACCUUCCGUCUUGGAGUCAACACAGUGUAUUUCCUCCAAGGCAGAAGACUGGUAAGGGCUAGGCAAUGGGGGUCAAGUGACUUGCCCAGGGUCACACAGCUAGUAAGUGGCUGAGGCCAGAUUUGAACCUCGGACCUCCCAUCUCUAGGCCUGGCUCUCAAUCCACUGAGCUACCCAGCUGUUCCCUUGUCUCAUGCUUUUGACAUUGUUUUCUUGGCAGGCUUCUGCUUUAGUUGAUUUUCAAGGCUUGUGGGGCUUCUCAUGCUUUGAAAAGUCCCCAAGUCUCUUGGGUUAUUUGUGACCUUGUCCACUGUAGCUGCUCCACAACUAUUUGGCCCCUUUUGUUGUGCCAGAAGGCUGAGACACGCCAUCUGCCCCUUUCCAUCAAGGAUCAUUCAUCUCUGAUGUGGUCUAGGUAUUGUAGACCUCUCCGUGGUCAGGGUAAGUGGUGAUUGGCUAGGCUGGUGCUGCCCGGAAGAGUAGUGAUCGUUAAACCCCCAAUCCCUGAGCGAUUCAAGGGGAAACACCAGCAAGUACAUGAAGUGUGAUUCGGACUGCCAUCUGACUGCCUCCUUGUCCUCCAGGGCUCGCUGCUGUCGAUGAGAUCAAUGCUGUGAUUCGGGAAGGUCAUCCCAGUAACACCGUGAUGGCACUCAUGAAACCUGAGGCCCAGCUCCCGACCGUCCAUCCCUUUGCUGCUGUUCUGUAUCAGGAUGAACUGUUCAACCUUCAGAAUCAGAGC